UCCUGUUUCCAGUAAACAUUAACCAGGUGUUGUUUGUGUGCGCGCGCGUAUCUGUGCGUGCCUCGUCUUUCCCCGUUGCUACUCCCACCCAAACCUGCCGCUGCGUCGCCUCCAUGGGAAACAAGAGAAUAUGCGACUUAGAAGCCUCAGGCUUCACCUCCGUCCUUUAAAACAUGAUCCCACCGGGGAGGGGGUGAGUGUGGGGCUUUCCUUCCCAUCCCAGCCAGAAGAGGCUCCAGAGCCCUUCCCACGCAGCCCGCUCGCCCGCCCGCCUUACCUUGUGCAACCCUCUCCUCCCGGUGUACUGCCCUUUUCCUGUGCGUCAAUGUAAGGUCUGGGGGCUUUCGGACCCUCCUUCCCAAUGCCACUCCUGUAUCCUCGGUGGGUCUGAGCAGCCCUGCAACUCUUCUCUGUCUUCCUGCGCCCUCCCAUCCCUUCCCUGCCGAUUGCUCUCUCCUCCUCAUUUUGCGCUCUCGCUUGCUGUUGCCGUCUCCAUCAGAGUCUGUUUUCGGAGGGGGGGACACGCACAGGAGGGAGAGUUCCCCGCUUUUGCAGCCGCGGUGAUUCUGUCCUCAUCUCUGCCUUGUUCCUUCAUGGCUGGGAGCGAAUGGGACUGGUUUCAGCGGGAGGAGCUGAUCGGACAGAUUAGCGACAUCAGAGUCCAAAAUCUUCAAGUGGAGAGGGAAAAUGUGCAGAAAAGGACUUUCACUCGGUGGAUAAAUCUGCAUUUGGAAAAGUGCAGUCCCCCUCUAGAAGUGAAAGAUUUGUUGGUUGAUAUUAAAGACGGCAAAAUUUUGAUGGCUUUACUGGAAGUUCUCUCUGGACAAAAUCUGCUGCACGAGUACAAGCCCUCGACCCAUCGUAUUUUUCGACUGAACAAUAUUGCAAAAGCCCUCAAGUUCUUGGAGGACAGCAAUGUAAAGCUGGUUAGCAUUGAUGCAGCUGAAAUAGCAGAUGGAAACUCUUCCAUGGUCCUGGGCCUGAUAUGGAACAUAAUCCUGUUUUUUCAGAUUAAAGAACUUACAGGCAACCUCAAAAGGAACUCCUCCUCUUCCAGCCUGUCAUCGGGGCCCAGUGGCCCUGAUUCGGACACCUCUCAUCCCAAUACUCCUAAUGUCGAGAGAAGCAUGUCUGUCUCUGUGAAGGAUCAGCGAAAAGCAAUCAAGACCCUUUUAACCUGGGUCCAAAGGAAAACAAGAAAGUAUGGCGUUGCAGUUCAGGACUUCACCAGCAGUUGGCGAAGUGGCCUUGCUUUCUUGGCGGUAAUCAAAGCAAUAGAUUCAAAACUGGUAGACAUGGAGCAAGCUUUGGAGAAAUCACCCCGGGAAAAUUUAGAGGAUGCAUUUACUAUAGCCCACGACCAUCUGGGUAUUCCAAGACUUCUGGAGCCAGAAGACAUCACAGUCGAGUCACCUGAUGAUCAAUCCAUUGUGACCUACGUGGCCCAGUUUUUGGAGCACUUCCCAGAGAUGGAAGGGGAAGAUUUUUCAGAUCCAGAGAAGGAACUUCCAGUUGAAUCUACUUAUGCCCAUAUCAAAGAGACUUUGGGGGAAGAAAAUCAAGGGAAGGUUUUAAUUCUGAAUGAAAAUGGGAAGCACGCAUGUACUGCUCAUCUUGACAGAAGCCAGUCUUCACCCACCAAAAUCCAUAUUCCUGGUUUGCCCUUUGAUCUGGAGAACCAGACUUUUCAUAUGGCAAACCAAGAGCUUAAGGACAAUCUGCAUCAGCCACUAUCUGAUCGUUCAGAGCCAUUCACAGAGGAACCUCAGAGACCUAGCUCAUUGCCAAUAACAGAACCUGGUGUUCAGCUCAGUUCUGUUACUGACAUUCUUGCCAAUAAUGUAAACGGGCCUGAAGGGAAUCAGCUGAGCAUGUGCAAUUCACCAAACCAGAGUAAUGACCUUCCACCAACUGUCCUUCUCUAUCGCAAGCAUUCCGUUGAACCUGUUGACUCUUUGGAACUGGACUCUGAAGAAUUAAGCAUGCAGAAGCCAACCAGUGAAACAAAAGAAUCACCUGACAGAAAGGCUCGCUCCUUACCUUGCACCUCACAUCCACCUAAAAAUGUACCGGAACACCCGACAAAGGAACUUGAAUAUCCAAUUCCAGCUGUUCAUGAGGAAGAGACUGCACAUAAAUAUAUAUUACAAAUGUUGCACAAGGAAAUAUCUAAACUCCCAGAAAAGCAUGACUAUGUGACGCAAGCAUCUGACAUAAAGGAAGGGCAUUCUGCUCUUCAGGAAACUGAUGGGUCUGUUUUCAAGGAUAAUUCAGAGGUGUCUUGUCCAUCAGAACGAUUUCCUCCACCAGCUAGAAACACUCCCAAGAGCCUAGAUAUUACUAAUGAAGAUAGCUCCAUCGCUGAAAUGACACCAACCCCUUCUAAAGUUUCUGUCAUUCCCCAUGACCUCUUCUAUUACCCACAUUAUGACGUUCCCAUAUCAGCAGUGUUGGAUGCUUUUGCUACCCCUGACCCAGACCCAACCCUUUCAGAAAACAACAAGAUCUGUGCCGAGCUUUUAGUAAGUUGUUUGGCGGAGAAAGAGUUGCUUAACCUAAACACAGAGAAGGACCUUCCAAAGGCAGGUGUACACCCCACUAAAGUGGCACCAACACACAUGGAUGAUAAAAACCUGGAGAAGCAAAAAAAAGAUGCUCAUAGUCAUACAAAGUCUUCCGUUAACAAGGCUGCUGUAGCGGGAAAGAGUGUGACGCCCAAAGCAAACAGCAUGGAUUCUACUCACCCAGAAGUCCCUGUGGUUAUGAUAGAGCAGUUUGAUUCUGCGGCUGAAGAAAGAAAACCACCAGAAGAGAGGAGUAAAAAGAAAGAAAAACGGAAGAACAAGUCAAUUUUCCAAGGAGAAAACAUUCCAAGUCAAAAAGCUGGCUCUAUCCGGCUACUAGAUAAGCUAGAAGAAGAAUCAGCAGACCAUCAGGGGCUUUCAAGGGUCAGCCACAGCGAUCCCAACGUCGUUUGCCAAAGAAAUAUUUCAGAUUCAACCAGUAAGGAAUUUGGCAACACUGAUGUUCAAGAGAGCCCAAUCACAAAUGAAAAUGUGAGUCCCUCGGUCAGGAAGAGAAAAGACCCUGAAAAAAAAGAAGCUCCAGAGAAGGCUAGUCUGUCUAGCACCUCUUCACGGACAGACCAACCUGAGCUGUUUUACUUCAUUGUUUUCCUCUGGGUGCUGGUCUAUUGCUUAUUGCUCCUUCCACAGCUGGUUAGCAGCCCACUUUGAUCUCUGUGAGUUGAGUCAGAAUAAUAAAAGAAAGCGGCUUGAUGUUUUUUGUUGAUGUGCCCCCUAAAUUUAUUUCUUCAGGAUAUAGAAAUGCCACCCAUUUCCCGAGCUCAGAACUCUUCCUUUAACUCUGGUGGCCUGUUAUAUUACAGUUUCAGCGCAUCUGACUUUGUAUAAAAUUAUAUAUUUAUAUAUAUAGUUAGGUAGAUAUUAUAUAUAUAUAGGGAGAGAGAGAGAAUAUUAAGACAUUGUGUUAAUGACUUAAUACUCACAAUUUUUGUAUGUCUGUGCCUUGCUUUAUAGGAUGUUAAAUAAAAUGAAUCUUUUAGGGGGAAAUCCUGGAUUUAGAAUGUUCUAGUCUUCAGAAGAAUAAUUCUUGUACUUCUUAUUUGUCUAGAGCCAUGAAAUCUGCCAAAUAGAUACAUAUGUAUGUAUGCCUUUCCAGUAGAAAGUUUUGACUGAAGAAAUGUGUCCUUUCUCUAUGAACUGAAACAUAAUGUAAUUCUCCUAAAUUUAUUAUCUAACACAUGCAGCUAGAACCAAGCUAAGGCUGAAAUCCAGUACCCACUUACCUGAGAGUAAGCAUUGCUGAACUUACUAGACUUACUUUUGAGUAGACAUGCUGUGGAUUGCACUAUAGUUUAUGCUAGUGAAAUCUGGAGUAGCUAUAGAGGACUUGCUUCAGAAAUAUGUGAUAUAGCUCAGGAUCCGAUAUACAUGUGUAUGUGAAGGAAUGGCAAACAAUGAUCUAGGUUAGCGAUGGGGAAAUGUGGCUCUCCAUAUAUUGUUGGACUCUGGUUAGGAUGUCAGAGAUUUCUGUUCAGAACAGGAGCAGAAAUUGCCAAUGUUCGCUUUUUUGUACCAUGUCCUGAACAGAAAUCAAUCCAACGAACACGAUCAAUGUUGAUGCUGCUGUUGUUUUCAGUCCGCAAAGAUACAUAAUCAUUUUUUUGCCAUUUUCAUUGUUUCCUUUUCGUUGAAAUGAAUUCCCUUUGCGUUGGAAUGAAUGGUGUGGAAUAACAUAAUGUAAUUAAUUACGUAAAAUUCUGCCAUAGUGAACAGCAAAACGAGUAGUGUUUUGUUGGAAGCUGAACUGCAGUGGAACAGAAACUGUGCUGCAUGCAGCAAACACAGGUCAGAACAGAAAUGGAUGCCUUUUUACAUCCCUAACUCCAUCAGCCAGUGACAGGGGCUUAUGGGAGUUAUAGUUUAGCAACAUCUGGAGAGCCACAAGCUCCCCACCCUUGCUCUAGGCGAAAGUGAAGGAAGGACCCUGUAUCAUUUUAAUUAGAAGUGUACAAAGAAAUGUUGCUUGGAACCAUAGCAGUGUCAUGGGGGUUGAUGGAUGGGAGAGAGGACAAGCCAUAUGUUGAAAUGAGACAAUAGUGAGUGCUGUGUUUUAUUGAACAAGACAGGAAAGGGUCAGUUGUUAGCUUGAGGCUGCCAUGUUAGAAUCAGUGAAACACUAAAGCCACGGUACUUUCAGCAUAAUCACUCAGCACCAGAGCUGCGCUAUCAGGGCUGGUGUACUUAUAUAGUGGAUUACAAUGUGCUUCUGAUACAUGCCACUUGCUUUCCUUUCACACAACCUAAAUUUGCUCCCUGUGCUAGGAUGUCAGUCAGUAUGGACCAAAAUGACAACUGAUGGGUGUGUGUGUGUUAAAUAAACAUUAGUCUUCCCAGAAGAAACUUAGAAUGUGCCUAUAGUGGGGAUAAAAGCAUAAGAAAUGGUCUUCUGGAUCAGACCUAUGACCAUUUUCUUCACCAUUUGGUUUCCAACAGCAGCUAAGCAGAUCUUUUUUAAAGAUUAGAAAUGGAGCCUGAAGGCAAUGAUCCUGUUUGCUCUGGGUAUAUGAGGUAUAAUAAUAAUAAUAAUAAUAAUAAUAAUAAAUUUAAUUUUUGUGUCGCCAAUCUGGCCAAAACCACUCUAGGCGACGUACAACAUUAAAAUUCAACAAUACAAUAUAGAUACAUAAUAAAAUACACUGCAGUCAACAAUAACCAUUUUAAAAAGCGGCAGUACAGGGCCGUCAAUAGACAAUUUUAAAACAAUAUAAAGAAAUUAGCCCACCCCGGGGACCCCAAAGGCCUGUCCAAAGAGCCAUGUUUUUAAGGCUCGGCGAAAUGUAUCUAGGGAAGGGGCAUGGCGAAGAUCGAACGGGAGGGAGUUCCAGAGAGUGGGGGCUGCCACUGAGAAUGCCCUCUCUCUAGUCCCCACCAACCUAGCUGUUUUCGUUGGUGGGACGGAGAGAAGGCCCUGUGUGGCUGAUCUGGUCAGGCGGCUUAGUUGGUGGUACUGGAGGUGCUCCUUCACGUAAACUGGGCCAAGACCAUAUAGGAACUUAAAGGUUAAGACCAACACCUUGAAUUGGGCCCGGAAAACAACUGGAAGCCAAUGUAGAUGAAAUAACACCGGCGUGAUGUGAUUACGGUGGCAGCUGUUUGUAAGCAGGCGUGCCGCCGCAUUCUGCACCAAUUGUAGUUUCCGGACCAUUUUCAAGGGUAACCCCACAUAGAGCGCAUUGCAGUAGUCUAAUCGAGAGGUGACCAGGGCAUGUACCACCAGUGGGAGCUGAUGAAUAGGAAGGUAGGGUUGCAACCUCCGUAUGAGGUGUAGCCUCCAUGGACAGCUUGGAAUCAAGAACAACCCUGAGGCUGCGGACCUGAUCCUUCAGGGGUAAUUUUACCCCAUUAAGAUUCAGGUCAGCAACACCCAACCUUCCCCUGUCACCCACAAGUAGCACCUCGGUCUUAUCAGGAUUGAGCUUCAGCCUGUUUCUUCCCAUCCACCCACUCACGGAUUCCAGGCACUUGGACAAGGUCUCUACAGCCAACUCCGGUGAAGAUUUAAAGGAGAGAUAGAGCUGCGUGUCAUCAGCAUAUUGGUGACACCGCAGCCCAAAACCCCUGAUGAUAGCUCCCAGCGGUUUUACAUAGAUGUUAAAUAGCAUGGGAGAGAGGAUAGAACCCUGUGGUACUCCACAAGUGAGGGGCCAAGGGUCUGAAACCUCAUCUCCCAAUGCUACCUGUUGAUGCCUGUCAGAGAGAAAGGAACGGAACCACUGUAAAACAGUGCCUCCUAUUCCUAAUCCCUCCAGGCGAUCUAACAGGAUACCGUGGUCGACGGUAUCAAAAGCCGCUGAGAGAUCCAGGAGGACAAGAAAGGUGAAUUCUCCCCUGUCUAGUGCCCUCCUCAUAUCAUCUACCAGAGCGACCAAGGUUGUUUCAGUACCAUGUCCAGUACCAUGUCCAGUCCUGAAACCAGAUUCCUCUGAAUAUGGAGUUUCCUUCCAUUUAGCUGUUGUGACUAAUUGCCAUUGAGAGACCUACCCUCCAUACACUUGCCUAAUUCCCUUUUCUAAAAAAGCAUGUAAGCCAGUUUUCCCCAGACUGGUGCCCAGCAGAUGGUGUUGGACUCCCAAUGGCUAUCAGCCCCAUCUAGCAUGGCCCAUGGUUGUAGUCCCAACAACAUCUGGAGGACACCAGCUUGGGGAAGGCUUAUCUAAACUGCAAUGAAGUGAUGCCAAUGCAUGCCUUUCCCUCAGCUUUUUCCUUGACCAAUCUGUGAAACAACUAACACAAGAUGCAUCAUCUUCCAUUUUGUGGAGAUAGUAUUCAUCACACCAUUCCAGCUAGGCAUCAUAUGCCUGGAAUAAUGCCAAGCUACUGCUUGGGAGGGUUAGACUCUCUUCCUUCUCCAGUCCUCAACCCCAUUCUUUCCUUCCUGCCAAUCAGCUGAUCAGUUCAGUUUAGCUUCUUUUAGAAGAAUGCGCACAUAAGAGCCCUGCUGGAUCACGGCAAUGGCCCAUCUAAUCCAGCAUUCUGUUCUCACAGUGGCCAACCAGAUGUUGGAUGCUUCCAGGAUUUGAAUUCCCUUUAUUGAAAGUCACUUAAACUUCUUAAUGUUCCAUAUCUGCUGUGGGUUGUACCUCGAUCUCUUUCAAUACAAUACAGAGGAUAGAAUCUGUGCCAUCUCUGUGCAACAGAAUGAGCUGGUAGAAUGGUCUGUACCACUUCAAACUACAGGUGGGAGGGUACCUUUUUUAAUAAUAAUAUAAAAACACCCCUUGAUUUAAAAAAAAAUCCAAAUAGCAGGCAACCUUUCUCCCUGAUGUGCUGCUGGUGGUUGUUGUUGCUAUUGCUUUAGUUGCAGAUUUUUUUUUAAAGAGAACAUUUAAAAGUGAUAUCUCCUGUCUUCAGUCUGAAAGAGUACAGUCAACGUUACCACCUCAUCUGUGUAGACGUGGCCUUAGAGAUGCCAUGGGGACAUUUCUAAAAAGCCAAACAGCCUCUUGACAACCCAAACUCACCUAGUCUUGAUUUCAGAUGAUCCAAACAUCUUUGAUGUCCCCAACGUGAUUUGAACAUGAGGGUUAUGUUGUGCUUUUCUUAGUCCCAUUAAUUACAAUUCUAUUGCCUGUGCUGCACUCUGCAAAUAACAACAGUCAAACCUGUCGAGUUUUCUUUCUGCAUCAGAUUAACUUGGCAGGAAAGGGCCUCCUUGGUAUGACAUAAUUUUGGUUAUUUUGCAUGAUGCACUUCUAUUUUGGCAAGCAUCUGAAUCACAGAAAGAAAUCAUUCCCAAACUUUUCCCAAAUCCUCCUAAACUUUUCCUAAAGCUGGGAAAAUGUGUUAUGGCUGCAUCUGUAUAUAUAUAUAUAUAUAUAUAUAUAUAUAUAUAUAUAUAUAUAAAUAUAUAAAUAUAUAAAUCAAGUCAUCUAUAAAGAGCAGCACGACAUCUCAGAAAACUUUCUAUCACUGAUUGAUGCUACUGAUAGUCUUCCAAACUGAUUCCUCUGCCAGAAAAACAAAGGGCCACAAAGAUGGCUCAUUCAUUCAUUGGCGAUCACUCGUGGCCGAGUAAGAUUGUCUUCCAAGAUUGCUUGGAAGACACCUGUAUGUGAAUUCAUUUUAUGUGGGGAGAUCGGCGCACAACGAUCAAUACACAAUCUUGGCAGAAAAAGGCUUUGAUCCAAUGGCAUGGAUACCAUGAUGAUUGGAAGUCUUUUAUCUGCUGCAGCCUUCAUCCGCCUUCACAGCCGUUGUAACUAUACAUUGCUAUCCUCUGCCGGUGAGGACUUCCUUGGAUUGUUCUUUGUCUGGUUGCUCUCCCUCAACCUUACCGCCAUGGGUGACCCUGCUGGGAGUACAUGACUCCCGACGGCAUCACUCACAGGGUUCAUUGGAAUGCACAAGCCCACUCACCACUACAAGGUGACAAUCCAGCGAGGGGAUGGAAAGAUGGCUAUAUCAUCAUCAUCAUCCCAUCCCAAUGCUUUCCAACUAUCCAUUCAAGUGGCAGAGUGCUUAGAUUAAGCCUGGCACAGUCUGCAGCUGCUGCUCCAAAUAUCACACAGUCGACAGAUUAUGCGGGUUAGCAAUAUUCUGUCUCUUGAACAGUGCUGGAAUCUUUUAUUUAUGGAAAGGGGGGAAUUGUUUGAGAGAAGUGAGCAGCUUGCCCAUCCCCUUCAGCUCUUAGCCUGAUUUGAGGACAUUGUAGUGUGAGGCUAAGAAGGCAUCAUUAUUUCCAGCUUUUGUAGCACACUUAUAACCAGUGGUGGCUUCAUGUCAGUGGAGCAAUGGAAUCAGCUCCUCUUUCAGGAAGCUGGCCAAGGUGCUUUAGCACCUUCAAAGUUUGGACUAAAACCCAGAGUGGAUUCCAUUGCCCCACUGACAUGGAGCCACCAGUCACCACUGCUUAUAACAGUGCCCUCUUGCAGCUGUGCCCACUUGCCCAUUAACAGUGCAAUCCUAAGCAUGUUUACUCAGAAUCAAGCCCUAUUGUAUUGUACAAUAACGUCUGAGUUAAUACAGCCACUCUCGUGGCUGUAUAAUAUGCAUAGGAUUGUGCUAUUAAUCCCAACAACAUUGAUUUGAAGUCUUUAAAUCUACCAUCAACUUUUGGCUUAUUCAGGUUUUUUUUCAGAUGUAUUUGUUUGUUUUUGAGCAGCGACAAUCUGAACAUGGUGUUACUGAGACAGAAUAAUUUAUUUUUAAAGCACAAAAAUAAACGAGCACAUUAUGUACUUCUGGUAUGUUUUCCUGGUCAGUUCUUAUACGCUGAAUGUUUGCACUUAGUCUCCAAAAGUAGUUUUUUUAAAAAAUGAAAUGAAAUGUUUUAUGUAGAAUAGGAACAAAAAGGAAAGGGGAUGGGUUUUUUUGCAAAACCAUUGAUCUGUAGUAAUAAUUAAAAGAGGGUGCAAUAGUGAACAGCUUGAAACUUUAUUUUCUAAUGCCUCAA